AUCUUUCAGAAUGAGGGAAGUUCAUGCAACUCGAGUUGUCUGUUGAACGUUUUCAGUUAUUGCAUGUUUCAUUCAACACGCCGAAGAUAUCGCAACACGUCAGUAGUAUGUUGUAACGGCUGAAAUAUAAAGACCCUUGUCUUCGGUGAAUACAGCAGUGCGGAGCUGUUGUAGGAAACCUGCUCUAUCUACCUCUGAUUAUCAUGACGACUCACCAACAACAACAUCAGACGCACGGGAACAGAUCCCUGCAGGACACGGGUAACGGGGAGCUGAAGGAUGGUAAAGGUCUGGUACAGAUCCACAGUAGAUGGAACAACAUCAACCUGUCUCUGGUGUGUGUUUUGUUGGGCGUCUCUCUCAUCAUGAUGCUGGAUGGCUGUCGGUCCUCCUCCGAGUCGUGGGUUCUGCUGGGUUCUGCUGGACUCCUGAUCUGGGACUGGACCUCUGUGUGUGUGGUGCUGUCAUUCACUGUCCUGCAGGUGGCGCUCUAUUAUCUACCUGUUGGACAGGUAACCGAAGGCAAGAUGGGCUGCGAUGGAAAGCGCUUGAAAUACAAACUCAACGGUCUGCAUGCGUUUCUCCUGACUGUGGUUCUGAUGCUGGUUCUGUGGUUCUCUGGGGUUCUGCGGGCCGGUUCCGUGACGCUCAGGAUCUUCUCUCUGGUGAGCGCAGGCAUGGCCGUCUCUCUGAUCUUUAGCCUCACGCUGUUCCUGUGUCCAAUCAGAACACCGUCCUCCGCACAUGUGACCUACGACAACACAGCAAAGCCCCUGCUGAGGUUUGUUCUGGGUCAGAGUAUGGAUCCUCGUCUGGGCAUCAUCGACGUCAAGCACUUUGUCAUGGUCAGGAUUGGAUUCAUCGGCUGGGCCAUGAUGGAUGUGAAUUAUCUCCUGACUGCUGUAGAGAUGAAGAACGUAUCUCUCUCUCUGCUGCUCGUCGUCGUCUUCCAGCUCAUUUACAUACUGGACUUCCUCAUCGAUGAGAGCUCUGUGCUGACGACCAAAGAGUUUACGGAGGAGCCGAUUGGGUUCAUCAUGAUUUUGGGCGAGUUCAUCUGGAUCCCUUUCUUCUCCAGUCUGCCUGUUUACUUCCUGCUUCAGAGGCCCAAUCACAUCCACUUCCUGUCUGCCGUCCUCAUCUGUGUGCUCUUCGCUGCUGGCUUCCUGAUUUAUUACCUGUCCAACGAGGAGAAAGAUGGUUUCCGCAGAAAUCCCAACGAUCCGGCCUACGCUCGUCUGAAGACGAUCCGCAGCCCGGCGGGAAGCAGUCUGCUGGUGUCUGGAUGGUUCGGAUGGGUCCGACACCCCAACUACUCCGGAGACAUUCUGAUGAUGUUUGCCUGGUGUCUGCCGUGUGGGUUCUCCAGCGUUUUGCCAUACUUUCCAGCACUGCAGUGCUUUCAAUUACUGAGGCAACGAGCCAACGAGAUCGAAGAGUCCUGUCUGAAGAAGCACAGAGACGCCUGGAGAGAAUACUGCCGUAAGUUACCCUGACAUAAAAAAAAAAGAAAAAAAAAGAAGGCUAAUCGGAGCCGCGGUGCAUGAUGGGAGAUUAUCAGCCAUUUCGCCUCAAACUCUCUUCAAGCAGCUAAAACGCGCCGCAGCGGAAUAAAACCCCAG